AUGAUCCAACGCAAGAUCAAAGACGGCACACUUUUUGAAAGCAUUUCAGACCACUUAACUUCUGACAUGGAAGAUAAAUUCGAGAGUUUCUGUAAGAAUGUGCAAGACUCGCUAUAUAAACCCUUCCACAUGAUUAUACCCGAUGCUCAGGAGAAACAAAAAGCAGAGGAACGGUUCAAGGAGCAACUGGCGGAGGAGGUAUGGCGGCUCAAGGCGAAGUAUCUGGAGAUCCGAUUCAGUAUGUCGAAGUUCUGGUAUCUAGAUACCGCUUCUGGUGUGAGAUGGGGUAUUUAA